AUGGAGGCUUGGAGGAGGAAUGCCCUGCGCUGCGCGCUUCUCGUGCUGCUCCUCGCCAUUUCAAGCGGGGUGGCGAGGGCUCAGGGGGGCGGCGAGUGCUGGAGCACGGACAUGGGGUACGGCAUCUGCGUGAAGCCCGGGGGGUGCAGAGCUGCCUGCCAUGCCCUCGGCAAGAACGACGGCCAGUGCAACGGGGGCUACUUCUGGCCGGUCUGCGAGUGCCUGUCUCCACACUGCCACUAG